AUGUCAGUGGAAGACCUACGAACGGCGGCGCGUGAGUGCCUACGCCGCGGUGAUGCGCGCAUCCCAGACUCGAUGCUGGACAAGCUCGUCGUCCCUGGAGAAUUGAGGCGUUUAUGGGACACCGUCUCAGCCCACGAGGACACAGACAAUGCAGCUGCAUCUGAAAACCUGUUUCUUGCUCGGGAGUUCCUGAGACUUCGAAACUCUGAGGAAUUAUCCGAGUCCGAUACCGCGGCAGCAAACCACAUCUAUGCCUGGGCGAGUCGGCAUGCCCUUCCAUCUGCAGUGUAUGCGGAAUCGAUUGAAGAGCCCAGUGGUGAGCUGACACCUCAUUCCCCUCACGAAUUCAAAUAUGUUGACCCGCUUGUAGAACAGAGGAAAGCUCUUAUGCAUGAAGAUAAGCUGAGAUUAUCACUAUCAAUCUCCGUGAUUGCAGCCUUGGGCUCUCUGUUUCCGAUGCAUAAAGCAGUAGAUGUGCCAAACAUCGUUCUCGCACUGGCAAGCUUCACCUCCGAAGCCGACCCAUGGACGACAAACGAGUCACGCACAGCGUCAACUGCAUUUCUUGAGAGGUUUCGCACAACAUCACCCUCGACACCAGAUGCAUCGUUCUGGGUUGUCCUUGAAACAAUCCUCAAGGACAAAAUCCGACCUCUUUUCACAAGAUCCAGAAAUCCUGCUAUCACAGCAGCGGGUCGCAAGGACAUGCACCCCAUCCCACUUCCUAGAUUUGAUACCAGCAUUCUUGACCCCGAGUCGAAACCAUGGCGAUCGUCAGACGUCUACGCGACGACCGUCUUUUCCUGGAUCGUAACACAAUAUCAGGCAAACGACAUCAGCCGUCUAGAAUCCCACUUCCCUCUCCUCGUCCCACCAAUUCUCGCCUUAAUUGACGAUGAGACCAACCCCCACAAAGCCGACGGCUGCACACUUCUCACCCACCUUCUACACCCCAUUCAGCAAGCCAAAUCAGAUAUACUUAAACGCACCAACCUCUCCUCUGUCUUCAUCGACGCCAUCAAACCCUGCCUCCUCUCCCUACCCACCAUAACCCCCGAAGCCGAUUCCAUCCGUCUCCUAGGCACAGCUUAUCCAACUCUCUUCUUACUUCUUAAAACUAGCUACUUACCAAAGGAUAAACAAACCUACACCGCCGAGCUAACGAAAGUCCUUCGCGAGAACCUCAUAUCCUCCUUCCACCACAUUAGCACCAUGACUCCCUCCAGUGGGACGCAAUCUACACUAUCCUCGUUCCCGCAUCCGAGAUUAUCUACUCUUUUGUUGAACAAAAUACACGACAUUCUCUUCGAUCUCACGGUUCACACAACAAAAUACCUACAGGAAAUAAUUCCGCUCAUCUACAGUACACUGUCUAAUCCCUUCGGGACAGCCUAUUCACCUCUCCUAUUGGCGGGAGUGGCUGUUACCAGGGCCGUGAUUCUGAAUGCACACCCGAGGAUUUGGCGUUGGAGAGGGGAGAUUCUGGGUGCCGUGGCGGCAUGCUGGAUCAAUGUGGCGGAUGAAGAGGUCGCAGAGCGAGGGAAAGAGGGCGAAAAGGAAGACUUGACUAAACUGAAGAUGCAGCUAAAGGGCGUGGUCUAUUUGCUGAGAAUGGCUUUGCAGAACCCAGAUGAGGAGGUUGCCGAGGAUGAAGGGGCGAUUGAAGCGAAGGAGGGGUUCGCGAAGGAGAUGGAACAGUUGGUUGGUGCUGAUGAGGCAUUGAGGGAAUUGCUGCUUGGGAAAGUAGAUGGGAAGGAUGGAAGAUAUUUCGGUGCUUAA